AUGCAGAGCGGUUCUAUCCAUACUUCAGUCAGCCAGCCAGGGAAGGAGAGCCACAGCCAGCAAGCCAGACGGUCCCUGACAACAGGCAGGCUACAACAGACAGCCAUAAUCCAUCCAUCCUUCCCAGAGAGUUGGGAUGACAGCAGUUCGGUCAGCAGCGGUCUCAGUGACACUGUAGACAACGUCAGCACAGACGAUCUGAACACGCCCACCUACCCCGCCGUCACAUCGGCACCACGCAAGAACAAGGCAUCCCAGGGGGACACACUCCAGCAUGUGGAGCAGGAGAUCAGCAGCAGCUGGGCCGGAGCUGAAGAUCUGAAGAAGGUGGACGAGGAGCUGGAUGUCAGCAUGGAGCCCGGUUUAAAGUGGAAGCCUUCUUCCUCCUCCUCUUCCUCCUCGCCAGCGGGGCAGUGCGGCGAGGAUCACGGGCAGAAGACGGGCCUGCCCAUGUCCCAGACUGGCUCCUGGAGGAGGGGUAUGACCGCCCAGGUGGGCAUCACGCCCCCCCGGACCAAAGGCACCAGCACCACCCUCAAAACCCCUGGUAAAACUGAUGACGCAAAGGCCUCAGAGAAGUGCAAGGCCCCCUCCAAGACCUCCGCUGGCAUCCAGCGCUCGCCCUCCGACGCUGGCAAGAGCAGUGGCGACGAGGGCAAGAAACCACCAUCGGGCAUCGCCCGCCCCCCCACCACUGGGUCGUUCGGCUAUAAAAAGAUGGCCAGCCCCCCCUCCGGUGCCCUCAUCACGUCCAGUGGUGCCACCCUGGCCAGCGGCUCCGCCACCCUGGGGAAGGUGCCCAAGUCUUCGGCUAUAGGCAAGGGGACAGGGAUCAGCGGAGGCCGCAAGACCAGCCUGGACGGCUCCCAGCCCCAGGACGAUGGGGUGCUGAUGGGCUGCGGAGGCUCCAAGGUGCCCCUCCAGUACCGCUCUCUGCCCCGGCCGGCCAAGUCCUCCAGCGGGGGGGUGGUGGGGCGCAGCGGCCACCGCUCCAGUUCCAGCAGCAUCGAUUCCAACGUCAGCGGCAAGUCGGCUGGAGGAGGGGGGGGCGCCACGGGGGCCAAGCGGAGGGACGCUGGGAAGGUGGGCUCGGGGCGCUCCAGCCCUAUCCCCAUCACCAUCAACCAGACGGACAAGGAGAAAGUAGCCGUGUCGGACCAGGACCCAGCAGGUUUAUCCACCUCCCCCAAGGCCAACCCCACCUCCACGGGCCAGUCUGGCCUCAGGCAACCAGGGUCCAAGUACCCGGACAUCGCCUCGCCUACCUUCCGCAGGUUGUUUGGCACCAAAGCCAGUAGCAAGGCCAGUACCCCAGGCACACCCGACUCAGGCAAGUGCCCCUCUGCGUUGGGCAGCCCUCAUGGCACAUUGGCACGCCAAGCUAGCCUGGACUCGCCCUCCUCGGGCACAGGGAGCCUGGGCAGCGCAGGCGGGCAGAGCGGGGCUAGCAGCCCGCUUUAUGGCAAGGCCCCAGACCUGAGCAUGGACUCGCCUGCCUCCAGCCCGGCGUCAGGCCUCUCGCUUCCCUCUAACGCCCGCCCCUGGCCCACCAACCUCAGCAGCUCGUCGGCAUGCUCUGGCAGUAAGGACACACUGAGCUGCCAGAGCAUGACCAGUCUGCACACCAGCUCCGAGUCCAUCGACCUGCUGCUGGGGUACCACCACGGCCCCAAAGUCACCCGCACGGCCAGCGUCAAGUCCACGCUCUCUGAGGGCAUGCCUCUUGACAGAAACACACUCCCCAAAAAGGGACUGAGGUACCCUCCCUCGUCCAGACAGACGUCCCAUGAGGAGGGGAAGGAGUGGCUGCGCUCUCAUUCCACUGGGGGGCUACAGGACACGGGGAGUCAGUCCCCUCUCUCCCCCCCUGGAGUCGCAUGCACAAGCACCAGCAAAUACCACUACUCCAACCUGCUGAGCCCCACCAAUCUGUCACCCUACAACCUGCCAGGACCAAGCAGUAUGAGUCGCUCCAACAGCAUCCCUGCCCAGGACUCCUUUGACCUGUAUGGAGAAGCCCACCUGGGGGGCAGCGCCACCUCUCUGGAGGACAGACCCCGGGGCAUGAGCCGCUCUGGCUCCUUCAGGGACAGCACCGACGAAGUCCAUGGAUCCUCACUGUCGCUGGUCUCCAGCACCUCCUCCCUGUACUCUGCGGUUCUUUCCUUUCUGGCCAAGACAGAGGAAAAGGCACAUUCUGAGGGUCAAACAGGCCAAAAUACCACGCAAAUUAGGAAGCUGCGGCGAGAGCUGGACGCCUCCCAGGAAAAGGUUGCGACCCUCACGUCUCAGCUGUCUGCCAAUGCUCACCUGGUGGCAGCCUUUGAGAAGAGCCUGGGGAACAUGACCUGUCGCCUAACGAGCCUCACCAUGACAGCUGAGCAAAAGGAGUCGGAGCUGGCUGAGCUGAGAGAGACCAUCGAGGCGCUGAAAGCCCAGAACACAGACGCCCAGACAGCCAUCCAAGUGGCCCUCAACGGCCCCGACCACCUACACAAAGACCUGCGGAUUAGACGGAAACACUCGUCGGAGAGCAUGUCCAGCAUCAACAGUGCAGCCAGUCACUCGUCCCUGGGCAGCGCCAAAGACCCAGAGGACAAGAAGAAGAAGAAGAGCUGGGGAAAGGAGAGAGGCAACAAGGUGGCUGAUUCCAUCCCAGCACAGUUGCGGAGCUCGUUCAAGCAGGCGUUCAGUAAGAAGAAGGGCAACAAGCCUCAGUCUCCCCACGAUGACAUCGAAGAGAUGACGGAUUCAUCGCUGCCGUCCUCGCCCAAGCUACAGCAUGCUAACAGACAGGACAGCUUUCCCACACUCCUCUCCUCAGCCUCUACUACAGAUAACAAGUGCUUCUGUGAUAGCAAGCCCCUCCCCAUGUGGAUGUCAAAGAGAAGCCUAAACGGUCAUGUGGUCUACAAGCACAGAUCUCGGCUGUGUGAGUGCACGGAGGCGGAGGCGGAGAUCAUCCUGCAGCUGAAGAAUGAGCUGAGGGAGAAGGAACUGAAGCUGACAGACAUCCGCCUGGAGGCUCUUAGCUCCGCCCACCACCUGGACCAGAUCCGAGAGGCCAUGAACCGUAUGCAGAACGAGAUCGAGCUGCUGAAAGCGGAAAACGACCGGCUCAAGACGGGAGGCACCACGCCAGCCGCCACGCCUGCCAAGACGGGCCGGCCGCCCUCAGAGACUUCCAGCACAUCCUCAUCCUCCUCGCGCCAAUCUCUGGGCCUGUCCCUCAACAACCUCAACAUCACAGACACCAUCAUGUCAGAUAUUCUCCUGGACGAUGGUUAUGAGGGCAAUCUACGCAAAGAAGGGCGCAGUGUCCGCAUUGUGGUCACAAUCAACAGUGGCUCCAAUAAGACAAAGGGUAUGCAAAGCCAGGAGUACCUCAUUGGUUCCAUCGGCGUGAGUGGAAAGACCAAGUGGGAUGUGCUAGAUGGAGUAAUCAGACGAUUAUUCAAGGAGUAUGUGUUCCGGGUGGACCCACUGACCAGUCUGGGUCUGAACUCGGACAGUAUAGUGUGCUACAGGAUGGGUGAUGUGGUGCGAGCCCACGCCUCUGAACUACCUGAAAUGCUGCCCUGUGGCUACCUGGUGGGGGACAACAACGUCAUCAGCGUCAACCUCAAAGGUGUGAAGGAGAACAGCAUAGACAGCCUGGUUUUUGACACCCUCAUCCCCAAGCCCAUCAUCCAGAGAUACCUCAACCUGCUCAUGGAGCAUCGCCGCAUCAUCCUCUCUGGCCCCAGCGGCACUGGGAAGUCAUUCCUGGCCAGCAAGCUGGCAGAGUUCCUCGUCACCAAGUCUGGUCGAAAGGUCACGGAGAGCAACUUGGCUAGCUUCAACGUGGACCAGAAAUCCAGCAAGGACCUGCAUCAGUACCUAUCCAGCCUGGCGGAGCAGUGCAGCUCUGAGGAGAGCGAGACGGAGCUGCCCACUGUGGUCAUACUGGACAACCUCCACCACAUCGGCUCGCUCAGCGACAUCUUCAACGGAUUCCUCAACUACAAGUACCACAAAUGCCCGUAUGUGAUUGGAACCAUGAACCAGGGAGUGUCUUCCUCUCCCAACCUUGAGCUUCACCAUAAUUUCAGGUGGGUGCUGUGUGCCAACCACACAGAGCCAGUCAAGGGUUUCCUGGGCCGAUUUCUGCGCAGGAAGCUGAUCGAGACGGAGAUCGACAGGAACAUGCGCAGCAAUGACCUCAUCAAGAUCAUCGACUGGAUCCCCAAGACGUGGCAGCACCUCAACGGCUUCCUGGAGGCCCACAGCUCCUCAGACGUCACCAUCGGUCCACGGCUCUUCCUGUCCUGCCCUAUGGAUGCAGAUGGCUCGCGAGUGUGGUUCACUGACCUAUGGAACUACUCCCUGGUGCCCUACCUGCUGGAAGCCGUUAGAGAAGGGCUCCAGCUGUAUGGCAAGAGGGCGGCGUGGGAGGACCCGUCCAAGUGGGUGAAGGACACCUACCCCUGGAGAUCUGCCUCCUUGCAGCACGACAGCCAGGCCCUGCUCCAGUUACGGCCAGAGGACGUGGGCUACGAUGGCUACUGCUCCACCAAAGAGGGCGCCUCCUCCAAACAAGCGUCCCAGAGCGACACGGAAGGAGACCCACUGAUGAACAUGCUAAUGAGACUGCAGGAGGCGGCCAACUACUCCAGCGCGCAGAGCUGCGACAGCGACAGCGCCAGUCACCAUGACGACCAGCUGGACUCAUCGCUGGAGUCGACGCUCUAGACGAGAGCUCGGAGAGGAGACUUCAGAUGGAGUGACGGAGCGGAGCGCUUUUCAGCGUGGCGUCAGCGAGACGUGGCGGCUCGAACGCUUCCAGGCACCCCACACAUAAGACAGAGAGAUGUGUGUAGUCAGGAGAUAUCUGUUAGGGGGGUCGGGGGGAGUAAACCCUCUUUGACAAAAUGGAGUAGAGUUUUGUGUUUGGUUGAGACACAUUUCUCAAUUUCUCCACUGGAUGUGGCAUCUCAAGAUGCAGGCUGCACGUACACAGUGAGAGACAAUUAUGUCUGUAGUUCUACACCAUAAAACUGGAAUUGACAUUGUAGUUUUAUUUAUGUUGAUUCACGGUUGUUGUAUUAACUACAGAUGUUUACAAGGGCAAAUUCUGGUUUUGUUUACUAAGGUGCUGAACAAAAAAGGCACACAUCCCUCCCGUCAAACCCUGACCUCAGACGAGCCACAUGGUGCUGGUCCCGUGCCUAAACCUGUCCCUGGUUUACAGGCAACGCCAAGACCCUUGCUACCCCACUCGCCAACAAGCACAAAAAGAGCAUUGUGUGUCGUCCAACCAACUGCUACUGUGAAAGAAUGGGCGGGUGCCAAUGUUACCGUUUGAUUUACUGCCAAGUGCACCGUGACGCGUCCGUCCACAUCCACAAACAGAGUCCUUUUGGGCUUUUCACACUAGCAGACCAGUUGUUCACCCCUUUCCUUAAAAGAUCGACAGCACUAUACCAACAGAUGGGUUCUAAAGUGAGUGAUGGCUCCUUCAAUCCAAGGGCCAGGUCAAGAACAAGCCUGAUAUUGGUGCUUUCUAACUGCAAAGCUGUGUGAUACAGGGGGUGUAUUACUUCAGCCUUUGGCUCCCUGCUGACCAUCCUGAGUGGAUAGGGAAUUGACAGGAACACACACUUCCUGACACACAACCAUUCGAAUGAAGUUGUCCCAUAUCGUCUCAGUGGGUGCUUUAAUCUUAGUAUAGUAAAGGAGAGUUUUAUAACUACUUUUAGGCCAAAAUCUCUCACAAAUCCUGUCAAAAAGUAUGUUGCCCAAAACCAUCCACUUCUGUUUCUGACAGUAAUAUUGUACAAGCAUAAUGGCUGUUAUACUGUAUUUGCAAGUAGAACUGACCAAUUGUAUAAAAGUUCAAAUGGGUGGGCAUUUAUUUGUUGUUGCUUUUACCCAGUUGAGCUGGGUUCACUUGAACUGUCAUGAGCACAACCCGACCCUUUUGAUUUUAUAGCCUAAGGAGCAUGUUUUAAGCUUUCUAGGGGGGAACAUUUGAAGGAGACUUUUACUUUUACAUAACAGCGUGUGGUAGGGACAGAAGCCAUUUUGGAUUUUGAUUGUCCUUCCUCCAUUAAUGAGUGGGUUGGUUUUGCACAGUUUGAGUGGGGGUGUAAAUAAUAAAGUGAAUCAGAGAUGCAUUCUUCCCUGUUGAUGUUAUAUUACGCUUAACUCGCUGAGAAUUAUUGUACGUUGCAAAAAAAAAUACAAAAUAGUAAUGCAAAAACCAACAAGCUGUCAGAAACAGGUGUAUGUCUUGUGAUGAUUGGUUGUCUUGCCUAUGCAGGAGGCAUACGAUGUACAGUAUGAUAUUUGUUUUAAAUAACGCCGUAUAUUAAUGUCCACAAAAUCACUGAUUUGGGGAGCAAAACAUUCAAUUUAUCAAGAAAAGCAAAUCUGGUCAUUGUCACAGCUUUCCCUUUUGUGUAUUCUCUGGAACUAGUAUUUGGUUACUCAUACCCCUAUUCAACAGGCGAAAAUUCACUUCCCAAAGCAUUACACUGUGACAUUUAUUUACUUCCCAAAGCAUUACACUGUAACAUUUCUGAAUUUACUUUAAUUCAGUCUUUUAUUCACCGGUUUUAGUAGAGUCCGAUUUUUUUGUCAUCCCAUUCUGAGGUACUGUUUGCUUGCUGUUGUGCUAUUUACAAUUCCAAAUAACAGGUGCUACUGGUCAACUAAAUCUAUCAGAUUCCAUUUUCUGCAGACAAUGUUGUCACAACCUCAGGAGAAGCAACAAAGCCUCUUGUUGUCAUCACAUGGCUGUGACAAAUUUAUUUUCUGUUUUGUUUUUGCAUG